AGCCCACUGCGGAAGAGCGCAGCCCGGCAAGCCCCAGCCCUGAGACUGGACCCUCAGCGGAGCCGGGCAGCACCUCCGCCGCUUCGCCCUGCCGGACGUCCUCGCCUCCUCCACUCUCAGCCUCCGCUGGAGAGACCCCCAGCCCCACCAUUCAGCGCGCAAGAUAUCCUCCAGGUAUGCCCUGCGUGCAAGCCCAGUAUAGCCCUUCACCGCCAGGUUCCAGUUAUGCAGCACAGACAUAUGGCUCGGAAUACACCACGGAGAUCAUGAAUCCUGACUACUCCAAGCUGACCAUGGACCUCGGCAGCACCGAGAUCACGGCCACGGCUACCACGUCCCUGCCCAGCUUCAGUACCUUCAUGGAGGGCUACUCGAGCAACUACGAACUCAAGCCCUCCUGCCUGUACCAAAUGCAGCCGUCGGGGACCCGACCUUUGAUCAAGAUGGAGGAGGGCCGCGCGCACGGCUACCACCAUCACCACCAUGACCACCACCACCACCACCAUCACCAGCAGCAGCCAUCCAUUCCGCCCCCCUCCGGCCCGGAGGACGAGGUGCUGCCCAGCACCUCCAUGUACUUUAAGCAGUCCCCGCCGUCCACCCCCACCACGCCGGGCUUCCCCCAGCAGGCGGGGGCGAUGUGGGACGACACGCUGUCCUCGGCACAGGGCUGCAUCGCACCCGGCCCGUUGCUCGACCAGCCGAUGAAGGCGGUGCCCACGGUGGCAGGCGCGCGCUUCCCGCUCUUCCCCUUCAAGCCCUCGCCGCCGCACCCGCCCGCGCCCAGCCCCGCAGGCGGCCACCACCUCGGCUACGACCCGACGGCCGCCGCCGCGCUAAGCCUGCCGCUGGGAGCCGCCGCCGCCGCCGCCGCCGCCGCAGGCAGCCAGGCAGCCGCGCUCGAGGGCCACCCGUAUGGGCUGCCGCUGGCCAAGAGGGCGGCCGCGCUGGCCUUCCCGCCACUCGGCCUCACGGCCUCCCCCACCGCAUCCAACCUGCUGGGCGAGAGCCCCAGCCUGCCGUCACCGCCCAACAGGAGCUCGGCGUCGGGCGAGGGCACGUGCGCCGUGUGCGGGGACAACGCCGCCUGCCAGCACUACGGUGUGCGCACUUGCGAGGGCUGCAAGGGCUUCUUCAAGAGAACAGUGCAGAAAAAUGCAAAAUAUGUUUGCCUGGCAAAUAAAAACUGCCCUGUAGACAAGAGACGUCGAAACCGAUGUCAGUACUGUCGAUUUCAGAAGUGUCUCGGUGUCGGAAUGGUUAAAGAAGUCGUCCGUACAGAUAGUCUGAAAGGAAGGAGAGGUCGGCUGCCUUCCAAACCAAAGAGCCCAUUACAGCAGGAAGCCUCUCAGCCCUCUCCACCUUCUCCUCCAAUCUGUAUGAUGAAUGCCCUCGUCCGAGCUUUAACAGACUCAACGCCCAGAGAUCUCGAUUAUUCCAGAUACUGUCCCACUGACCAGGCCACUGCAGGCACAGAUGCCGAGCAUGUACAACAGUUCUACAACCUUCUAACAGCCUCCAUUGACGUAUCUAGAAGCUGGGCAGAAAAGAUUCCCGGAUUUACUGAUCUCCCCAAAGAAGAUCAGACAUUACUUAUAGAAUCAGCCUUUUUGGAGCUGUUUGUUCUCAGACUUUCCAUCAGGUCAAACACUGCUGAAGAUAAGUUUGUGUUCUGCAAUGGACUUGUCCUGCAUCGACUUCAGUGCCUUCGUGGAUUUGGGGAGUGGCUCGACUCCAUUAAAGACUUUUCCUUAAGUUUGCAGAGCCUGAACCUUGAUAUCCAAGCCUUAGCCUGCCUGUCAGCACUGAGCAUGAUCACAGAACGACAUGGGUUAAAAGAACCAAAGAGAGUGGAGGAGCUAUGCAACAAGAUCACAAGCAGCUUAAAAGAGCAUCAGAGUAAGGGACAAGCUUUGGAGCCCACCGAGCCCAAGGUCCUGCGUGCCCUGGUAGAACUGCGGAAGAUCUGCACCCUGGGCCUCCAGCGCAUCUUCUACCUGAAGCUGGAAGACUUGGUGUCUCCACCUUCCAUCAUCGACAAGCUCUUCCUGGAUACCCUGCCUUUCUGAGCAGGAGCAGCCUGAGCAGGGAGCUGCCUCAUGUGCUAGCAGCCGCUUGCCAAGCAGCGGUGGAUGGGUCUGGACACCUACCAUCUUCUGUCCUUCCUUAAGAGAAAAAGCAAGCUCCUGUAGAAAUGAAAGACCUUUUUUUUUUUUUUUUUUUUUCCUGGCACUUUUCCUUACAACUGAAAGCCAGAAAACUUGCAGAGUAUUGUGUUGGGGUUGUGUUUUAUAUUUAGGCUUUGGGGUUGGGGUUGGGG